AAAGGGAAAAAUAAAAGAAGCUAUCCCUUGGAGCAUUAAUGGCUCUCCUCCUUCCCGCUUUAUGUUUCUCCUUCCUCAUCCUUUCAGCCGGCGCCACCAACUUAGACUACGCCGAAGCUACCAUUGCAGACAUCCAAGCUUAUUUCAACGACGGCCGCCUAACCUCCAGGCAGCUCGUCGAAUACUACCUGAGCAGAAUACAAUCUCUCAAUCCCGACCUACACGCCGUCAUCGAGGUCAAUCCCGAUGCCCUCUGCGACGCAGAUCGCGCAGACCUGCAGCGCCGAUCCGGCGGCCGCCCCCGCGGUGGGCUCCAUGGCAUCCCUAUCCUUCUCAAGGACAGCAUCGCCACCCGCGACCGGCUCAACACCACAGCUGCCUCCCUUGCACUAAUUGGUUCCGUCGUCCCCCGCGACGCCGGAGUUGUCCGCCGCCUCCGCGAGGCCGGGGCCAUUAUUCUAGGCAAGGCAAGCAUGAGCGAGUGGGCUUACUUUCGGACCUUUUCGGCUCCCAACGGGUGGAGCCCUCGCGGAGGGCAGCCGCGAAACCCUUACGAACCGGAGGCGGAUCCAUGUGGUUCGAGCACCGGCUCUGCUAUCGCGGCGGCAGUAGGGAUGGCGGCGGCGACGCUGGGGACUGAUACGGCGGGGUCUAUCCUCUGCCCGUCGGCGGCGAACUCGGUGGUGGGGAUAAGCAGUAGGGCGGGAGUGGUACCUGUUUCGCUCAGACAGGACACUGUGGGACCCAUCUGCCGGACGGUGGCAGAUGCGGUGGCUGUGCUGGACGCGAUCGUUGGGUACGACGAGAGGGACUCGGAGUCGACGGCGGCGGCGGCGAGGUUCGUGCCGGAGGGCGGAUACCGGCAGUUCUUGAACUCCCAUUUUUAUUUUGGAAAUUGGGAUGAUUUGGAAAUUGCGAAUGCAAGCAUUAUAGUGGACAUGCUCAAAAGUGGGGAGAAAACGGCUCUCCAUGCUGAGUUUAAGCUCUCAAUCAACGCCUACCUCUCAGAACUUAAAGUCUCCCCAAUUAGAUCCCUUGCAGACGCCAUAGACUUCAACAACAAACACAGUGCUGAAGAAAAGAUACCGGAGUAUGGUCAGGAUAUCUUCUUGGCCGCCCAAAAGACAAACGGAUUGGGUAAAGUGGAGAAAAAGAUUCUGAAGAGAUUGGCCGAGUAUUCUGCUAAUGGAUUAGAGAAGUUAAUGAGGGAGAACAAGCUCGAUGGCUUCGUAACUCCGAACAGCCUAGCGGCUUCGAUCUUGUCCAUCGGUGGCUACCCAGGAAUUGUUGUCCCUGCUGGUUAUACAAACCAGGGCGUUCCAUUCGGCAUCUGCUUCGGCGGAUCUAAAGGUUUCGAACCGAAGCUCAUCGAAAUAGCUUACGCUUUCGAGCAGGCGACCAAGGUUAGGAAGCCGCCAUUGACGAGGUCGGUAGCAUGAUCGGUCCGUCUUUAGAGUUUUAAUGAUUGAGCAGAGAAUCUGAGGAAUAAGGACUUAUU